AUGAACCGUGUCAUUUACGUCCUCUGGAUGGCCUACGCGUCCACUUACCUGCUACGCAAACCCGUGACGCUCAUCAAAUCCGACAUUCUCGCAUCGGGCCAGGCCUCGAGCCCCACGCUGCUGUCCCUGCUCGAUGCCGCCUUUUUGGUACCCUACGCCUGCGUGCAGUUUAUAGCCGACGCCGUCAUCGAUGCUCGCGGCGCCUGGAAAGUGUUGCAGUGGAGUUGCGGACUGGCGUCUGCGAGUGGCAUGGUGUUGGUGUUGGUGGCGAGGUCGGCGAUGGACCGUGGCGCCCUCUGGGCCCUGGUGGCGGCACAGGCAGCAAGUGCGGGUUGUGUGUCCCUGGCGUGGCCCGCUGUGUGUCGCAUCGUGUCGAAAGGGGGCGCCGGUGGUGGAACCCGGGAUGACGGGGUGCAGAAUGCGUUUCGAUUCCUGGGCACGUCUGCGUAUGUUGGUGCCUUUGCCGCCACUUUUGUGGCUGUGAGAGUCAGGGAGUGGUUUGGCUGGUGGAAUGUGUUCCCGAUUUGCUCAGCGCUGUGUUUCGUCGCUACAUUAAUGUGUUGGACAGUGGCUCGAGUCGACGAUGGUACAAAUCUCGAUGUGAAGAAGAAGGGAAAGGAAGAGGAUUUUCGCAAGAAGACUGGAAACUCAAUGGCCCUCACUCUGGUAGCCUAUGGCAGCUUUUUCACAAAGAUGCGGUUUGCAGUGUACCUCUGGCUGCCGAGUUGCCUGCAUCACACGCUGGGCCUGGACGCGGAAACAGCAGGCGCCCUUUCCGCCACCGUGGAGGCCGGCGGCGCCGUCGGUGCCUGGCUCCUGGGCAACACGGGCGACUCUGCUCUCCGCACCUGCUCACUCUGCUCUUUGGCUGCAGGAGGCGCCAUUUCUUUGCUGGCUGCUGCAGCUGCAGGAGCAGCACCCGGAGGAGAUCCACUGGUGGUGGCGGUCUUGGUGGCGGCGUUUGGCGUGUUGAAUUCCGGCGUGGACGCUGUGCUGAGUGGCGCCGUGGCGGCUGACGUGGGCGCCGUUGGGUUCGUGAAUGGUGUGGGGUUCUUGGGAGCCGUGGCCGAGGCGCCGGUGAUGGCUUUAGUCAUGUCUGUGUGGGAAUGGAAUGGGUUUUUUGCGUGUGUGGCCGGGGCGGCUGUGAUGGCGGCGGUUGCCCUCUGGCGGGCGCAUGUGGUCGUGUCUUCCGAGGCGCCUGCUGCUGCUGCUGUGAUGAGAUCUUCGCAUAAAUAAUGGCCUUCAAGUGCAUAUAUAUAAUUCACAUUAUAUAAUACAUUAUAUUAUACAUAUUUUUCUGUGUGGAUUCUUCUCAAAAGAAAUUUCAGCUUUCAGUUGUUGUGUGUAUGUUUUUUUUUUCUUCUUCCUAUUUUGUGGUUUUUGAGAUAUUCAACAGGAACCUGAAAUUUAAAUACUGAAAAUUUUCUUCCACUGCUUUAAAGAAAAUAAUAAUAAUGAAACCUUUUGGGUUGGUUCAUGAAUUUUUUACAUUGAUUUUUUGUAAUGAUGAAGGCAAGAAGUUGAAUUAAUAAAAUUUGAAGAAAAUUAUUUUGUAAAUUAAGUAAAGCCUUCCAUUUUUGAAGCAAAUUAUUGAUAUUUUGAGGACUUGAACUCCUACUGGGGCAUGAAUGAAACUCUUGUUUCAAUACUUGCUGGAGCAAAUUUGUGAACCAACCCUUGCAUUUAUGAAAUAAUUUUAUAUCUUCAUGUGAGUAAUUUCUUUUUUUUUUUUGAGAGAGAGAGAGAGCUUUCAGUUGAAUUUUUAGCCCAAAAUUGUUUGUCAUAUAAAGGAACAAUUUACUGAUUUAUUUGGUGAUGGCAUAACAAAGUACUGUACUGUAUUUACUUGAGUACCACAUGCACUUUUUUAUCAUGAGGAGAAAUGAGCUUGUUUCAAUUAUUGAAAAUUAUUUACAUUUUAGAAGUUUAGCUGAUAUUUGGUUGUAAUGGACAAUUUUUAACCCAUUUUAACAAACAAUUUUAAAAUUGGAAACUAAGAAUAAUUAUUUGAAUUCCAGUGCUUUUUUGCGUCAAAAUUCAAAUUAGGUUUUCUUUUUGAAGUAUUUAAAUUUUUCAGUAACUAAAAAUGGGGUGUGUGUUUCAGGGAUAGGAUUUUAUCCAAUUUUAGGCUGGAAAAUGUGCAUCUUAUUCCAGGGCCUGUGGUACUCAAGUAAAUACAGUACUGAAUUA